GUGAUCUGUAAAGACCAGGUGCAAAAUAACUGGCCCACCAUAUAUCUGAAAGAAGCUAAAACCUGUGCUGAGUGGAGGAUGGCCAGCGCCAACAUCUCCUUCUUCAAGAGCUUCUGCUCAACGGGCCAGCACGCGUUCAACGCCAGCAGGGAGACGUGCACGGUGAUGCUGACCUCCCAGGAGCCCCGCUCCCAGCACUGGGCUGUGCAGGCGCUCGUGCACCUCCCCUUGGACCCUGAAAAAGUCCUCAAGGAGCUGAAGGAGAAGGACAAGUUGGAGGAGCUGGGCAUCGCCAACAUCACCUAUGACAAAAUGGAGAGGGAGAUGGUAAUCAACGACGAGUUCAGCACCCCCCUGAUCAUCACCAUCAUCACCCUGGCUGGCUCCCUGCUGUUCAUCGCGGCCGUCUACGGCUGCUGCCACCAGCGCUUCUCCCAGAAGAAGGACCAGCACAUCCACCCUGAUCUCCCCGGGUUUGAUGAUGGACAUGUGGCCCUGAUCUUUAAUCAGCGCCUGACCGAGGAGCUGCAGACGAUGGAGAACGGUUACCAUGACAACCCCACGCUGGAGGUGAUGGAGACCUCCUCUGAAAUGCAAGAGAAGAAGGUGAACCUCAACGGUGAGCUGGGGGAUAGCUGGAUCGUUCCUCUCGACACCCUCAUGAAGGAGGACCUGGAGGAAGAGGAGGACACGCAUUUAUAG